GAAGAUCCCAUCGGCCAUCGCCCACUCGCCUCCCUUUCCCACUGCCCCCCAAAUCCCCAUCUCCCACUCCUCCCCACCUCACUCUCCCCCGGUCUCCGCCCUUGCCGCCGCCGCCGUCCUCCGGUCAUGGACAACAACCCCAGCCACCCGCCGCCUUCCGCGGCCUCCUCCACCGCCGCCCUCCGAGCCCUCAACAAAGCCUCCUACAAGAUCUCCAAGCAGUCCUCCAUCUCCUCCUCCGCUUCCUCCUCCAUGAAAGCGCCGUCCCCCCCUCCGCCGUCGCUGCCUUCCCGCAUGUCCCCUCCGCUCCUCGCCCCGCCGCAUCCCCCCUCGUCCGCCCCCGCCCCGGCCGACCACCCGCCGCCCCAGCCCCCCGUCUACAACAUCGACAAGUCCGACUUUCGCGACGUCGUCCAGAAGCUCACCGGCUCCCCCUCCCACCUCCUGCCGCCCCAGGCCGCGGCGGCCCCGCCGCCGGCGCGGCCCGUCAUGGCCCCUCCGCCCCCGCGCCCCAUCAUGGCCCCUCCGCCUCCGCCUCCGCCUCCGCUGUCCGCCAUCCCGUCGCGGCUCCACCGCAUCCGGCCGCCGCCGCUGGCCCCGCCCCGCCCGGCGGCCAUCCUGCCGUCGCCGGCCCAGCCGACGCUCUCCCCUCUCCCGGCGCUCCCUUCGGUCUGCAUGUCGGCGGAGUCCCCCAUCUCGGCCUACAUGCGCCGGCUCCGCGGGAUGCCGUCGCCGAUCCUCGUGCCCACAUCGCCGCUCGGGUUCGGGUGCCUCCACUCGCCACGGGCGCCGACGUCUCCCGGCGUGGCCAUGCCGGCCACCAGCCCCCGCGUCCGCGACCCGUGACCAAGAAACAACAUCUGCCGCCGCCGCAGCUGCUUCCGAUGUGUAGAUAUGGCCGGCCUAGGAGGGAGAUCUGGGUGAUAGACUUACUGGAUCGACUAGGAGUAGAUCAGUGGGAUAUUGUCUGUAUUCGGGUGUUUAUCUUAGCGUUCCGGCCA